UGCAAAGGAGCAGAGCAGCGGCGGAGAGAGACAGAGGAUGAGGCCGAACGCGGGGAGGCGCGGCCGGGCGCUGUGGCUGCAGAGAAACAGACUCCAGAUGGAUGUAAAUAUCCUGAAUUGAUUCUGAAACAUUCUCUGGAUAGAGAAGAGCACAAUGUCCAUCAGUUGGUCCUCACAGCUGUGGACGGUGGGGACCCUCCCCAAAGUGGCACCAUCCAGAUUGGAAUCCAAGUCACUGAUGCCAAUGACAACCCUCCAGUGUUCAGUCAGGUUUUGUAUAGGGUCACCCUGCGGGAAAACGUGCCUCUGGGAUUCUCAGUGCUUCAAGUGAUGGCCACCGACAGAGAUGAGGGCACCAAUGCGGACAUCAUCUACUCCUUUCAUAAUGUGGACGAGCGAGUGGAACACAUUUUUAACUUAGAUAAAAGAACAGGAGAAAUCACAACGAAGGAUGAUUUGGAUUUCGAAAUUGCUAAUAGCUACACUCUGAGUAUAGAAGCCAAAGAUCCUGGAGAUCUAGCAGCCCAUUGUAUUAUACAAAUUGAAAUUCUCGAUGAGAACGAUUGUGCACCUGAAGUGAUUGUGACUUCAGCAUAUACUCCCCUACCAGAGGAUUCACCGCCAGGAACAGUGAUAGCCUUGAUAAAAACUAGAGACAGAGAUUCUGGAGAAAAUGGAGAAGUUUACUGCCACGUGUUGGGAAAUGCUGAGUUUAUAUUGAAAUCUUCCUCGAAGAACUACUACAAGUUAGUGACAGACAGAACCCUGGACCGGGAGGAGAUCCCAGAAUACAAUGUCACCAUCAUGGCAACUGACAGGGGCAAGCCGCCCCUCUCCUCCAGCAUAAGUAUCACCCUACACAUCUCCGAUGUCAACGACAACGCCCCAGUUUUCCAACAGUCCGCCUACCUGGUCCAUGUGCCAGAAAACAAUCAGCCUGGAGCCUCCAUCGCUCGAGUCAGUGCCUCCGACCCGGACUUGGGUCCCAACGGCAGCGUCGAGGAGUGA